AAUUGUAAUCAUUAAUAUAUUAUUGGUUAUUUAUUUAAUUAAAUUGAAUUCAUUAACAUUAAUUCACAAGUUAAAAGAUAACUCGAGCAAACUUAUUCGAAUAAUUUCGCGGGUUUUGAUAAGAAAGAGAAUUUUUUUGCGCAAGAUUGCAAAUGGCUGCAAGUGGACAUAGCUGCUUAGAUAUCAUGUCAACAAAAGGUAUGUUUUUUCGCGGUGAAAACGUAAAAAUGGUGAUGUUACUAGUUUGAUUACGAUCUAAUAUACGUGGCACUAAUUGCUGUAGUAAUUAAAAUAAAUUAAAAAUUACACGUUUGAUAAUUUGCGCGGGAAAACACGGUGAAGAUGUCCGGUUAUCGAAGGGUCAAUUACUAUGAACUCUGCAGGCUUUGUACUAGCAGUGAAGGUAAUAAAAUGAAUAUCUUCCGUGAGGAAGGACGGAGAAGACAACUCCAAACAAAAAUUCAAACAUAUUUACCUAUUCAGGUUCUAGAAGAAGAUUCUUUACCAAAGAUCGUUUGUCAUGAGUGUGUAAGAAAGUUAGAAAGCUACAUAGAAUUUCGUGACACAGUAGUUAGUGCAGAAGGAAUGCUUGAAUCAUAUUUUACUUCACUGCGCUUCUCCGAGGAUUUUUUAAAGGAAGGAAAAGUUUAUGUCAAAAAUACCGAAAAAGAAAGACCUCCAAGUUUAGAAGAUCCAAUAAAAAUAGAAAAAUUAUCACCAACAAACGAUCAGAAUGUUAUUAGUGAAUCUCAAACUCAACAUCAGCAACCAGUUGUAGUCAAUAAUUUAAAUACUUCAAACAUUCAAAUAAUCAGUGGUGUUCAGGCCAGGGUCCAACAAUACAAAUGUGCCAUGCAGAUGCAACCUGGUGGAGUAGCUGCAGCAGUGGUUGAAGCAACAGCUGAAACUCAUUAUAGUUAUCAACAGCAAACUUCACAACAAGUAUCACCUCAAAAUCAAUCUUCACAUGGUCAGAGUCGAUUAAAUGAACAACAACAGCAACAACAAUCUCAAUCAACUCAACAAAUUCAAGUGCAAAAUCAAAUUCAAAACCAAAACCAAAUAAAUCAAAUUCAAAAUCAGAGACAAGUAACGCAGCAGCCUAAUCAACAGCAAAGACCAGUGGUUCAACAACCACAAAAUCAUUGUCAAAUGACACAACAGAUUCAACAUAUACGUGAGUUUGAUAAACAGAGGCUUCAACAAAUUGAAAAGCAAGUACAGAUAUCUCCACCCCAAGAUCAACAACAAAAUCAACCUCAAAUAGUUCAUCAAAAUAAUAAUGCUUUAAUUAAAACUGAUAUUAAUAUUGAACAAAAUCAACAAGUGCCAUUGAAAAGCGAAAUAGAAUCUCAAAAUAUUAAUUCUCCCGGUGAGAACGUACAGAAUUUUGCUACAGUUCAAGCUUCGCCAGAGGUAUUUCUUAGUUUAGGAUUCAAAGAAACACCAUUAAAUUCUCAGCAACCCCGCGAUGAUAAAGAUUUUCGUGAAUAUAUUAAAAAUUCAAACGAUGAUCCUCUUUCACGUAAUUCUAUCGGGCCAAUAUCAGAAUUUCUAAGACUUCGUUCAUGUCCAGAACAAGCGUCUCUAAUAACUGUAAAUCCUCAAGUGAUUUGUCAACCUAGUCGUAAUUUUGUUUGCCAAGAAUGCAAUAAAACUUUUGAAAAUUCAAACCAACUGAAUAGCCAUCAGUGUCCUAAUUCUCCAAUGCUAGCUGAAAUAACUGAAAUAAAUGUAAAAGAUGAUCAAAAUCAAAAUAAUGGUGUUAAUUCUUUCAAUUGUGAUGUAUGCGGUAAGCCUUUUAAAAGAAAAGAACACCUAUUUCAACAUCGAAAGCUUCAUACAGGAGAACGUCCUUAUGUUUGUACAACUUGUGCUAAAGCAUUUAGUCGUAAAGAGCAUCUUGUUCGUCAUUCAGUAUCUCAUACAGGCCAAAAAAUGCACGAAUGUGAAAUGUGUGGUAAAAGUUUUUCACGUAAAGAUAAUUUACAUAAGCAUCGUAAAACUCAUGGAGUAUCCGGACCAUAUAUUUGUGAAACUUGUGGAAAAUCUUUUGUAGUAAAACAUUAUUAUUUGAUGCAUCUUACUACUCAUGCACCAACAAUUGUCGAUGGAGAGAAUUGUUCUGAUCCUUUGCCUUAUAAGUGUGAUCUCUGCCACAAAGCAUUUUCUGUUAAAGAGUAUCUGGCUACCCACAAACAACGACAUCGUUCUAAAAAUAAUUCAAAUCAUUCAAAUGGACAAAAUCAACAACAAUCACAACCUCAACAUGUGCAACAAUCAGUUCAAAGUAGUGCAACAAAUGGAAUCAGUGUAACUACCAAUAAUGUAACAAAUAACAGUUUAUCUGGAACUAAUAGUCAAAAUAAUGAAACUCCGGUAGUUGAAAUUCAUAAUGUCAUUGAGAGAAAUGAUUCACAAUCGGGACAACAACAUGCUUCUUAUAACAAUAAUCAAUACCAUGGAAAUAUACAACAAUUUCAAUGAGAUAAGGGAAAGCGUGUAUACUAUGUUCUCUUACCUAACGGCAAUAAUCACAAAAUUGUUGUUGUCUAGAGUAAGUUAAAUAGUAUAACACGCUUGUUAACUUCACUGUUAGUAAUCAAUGCUAAAAUUUAUUUUCGAACAUUUACGCAAUAUUGAAAAUGAUUUUAAAAAGAUAAUCAAGUUUAUACAUAUUUUUUUUUUUAUCCGGAAGGUAAUUGUUAUUUUAUUUAAAUAUAUUAUAACAGAUUUUGUAUUUUAAUAAUCGUGAAAAAAUCAAAAACAGAAAAUCAUUGAGUAUCAUACUAAUUAGAAAAUUUUUUUAAUGGCUUAAGAGACUGAUGAAUAUAUAAGGACACUGUAUAUAUUUUAUCAGAAAUGAAGUAUUAAGAAAAUAUGAGAUAAUGAUGCAUAAGUAUGAUGUAGUGAUAUGUAUUUAUAAAUAUGCCUAUAGAAAAUUAGUCGUAACGUAAUUUCAGGUAAAAGACAUGUGAAUUGAAAAAAA